UUCAAGCAGAAGAACUAGCCUUUUGUAAAAGUGCAAUUUGAAUGCAAGCAUAUCUUCUUCCAAGAUUUUGUUGAAUCUUAUAUGCUUUUUUUUGGAACAGUGGAGAAAAAAUAUAUUCUGAAGCAUGUGGAAAAUGAAUCUUCCAACUGAUUGCUCCUCGAGAGAAUAAAGUAAGAGUUAUUAUUCUUUUUAUGAAUUAUCACUGACUACUGAGAAUGGUGUACACACAGUGUGAUAUGUUGAAGAUCAAUUGCUUUGCUCCUGAAUUUCCAGGUAGAUCUGCUUUCGUUUCAGCUAGGAAUUAAAUAUGAUAUAAUCAUAUAGCAGCCAGCCAUGAUCCCUUUCUCUGUAAUAAAAUAUUUAAAUUGCUCAUGUGAAGAAAUUGUAUUUUUUUUUUUUUCAAACUAAUUAUCAGUUUCAAGACAGUAGAUCUUUUCAAUAUUUUAUUUUUAUUCCUUUCUUUAUGAGAAUCGAAUUCUAUUGCCUUUCUUCCAGUAUAUAUAAUUACAGAUGGUGAAGAUGUGAUCAUCGCACUUCUGAGGUUCACUUUCUUUGUUUUGGAUAUUUUGAACUCUCCACCUUGUCGGAUCUUUUUAUUGCUCCAUGGGCGUAGGCACAUCCCGUCUUAUGAAGAGGAGGGGCUCUAAACAUCAGAUGAAGAUACUGAUGGUUGGCCUUGAUGCUUCUGGGAAGACAACAAUCCUUUACAAACUCAAGCUCGGACAAGUUGUACGGACACUCCCCACUAUAGGUUUCAAUGUGGAGACAGUCGAAUACAAUAACCUAAGCUUUGCUGUCUGGGAUCUUGGUGGACAAGAGAAGAUUCGGUCAUUAUGGAAACAUUAUUUUCGGAACACCCAGGGACUCAUUUUUGUAGUGGACAGCACUGACAGAGAAAGAAUUGUGGAAGCUCGUAAUCAGCUUCACCGGAUUCUCACAGAGCAGGAUGAACUGUCUAAUACAGCAGUAUUGGUUUUUGCCAACAAGCAAGACCUUCCAAAUGCUAUGUCGGUCUCAGAGGUAGCUAACAAGCUUGGGUUACAUUUACUUCGUGAUCGCAGAUGGUUUAUUCAGGAUGCUUCUGCAAUAUCUGGUCGCGGACUUUAUCAAGGUCUUAAUUGGUUAAAUCAAAAUAUCUAAGACAAUCCUAUGGGAUAGACGCUCCCUGGCUUCCCCCAGCUUUUCGGAAGUUCUUACAAAGACUUGCACUAUUGAUAGCAGAAUACAUUGUGAUCAAGGAUGAAAUUUUUUAAUUUCAUCAAAUAGAUUGUAGUGACUAAAAUUUCUAUUUUUUUCGUCGAUUUUUUUUUAUACUCCCGUAGUUUUUUCUGCAUGAUUGCAUGACAGCAGAACAAAUGCUAAGCCAUCAUGUAGGUACAAUUUGCCUUUCCAGCCAAAGUGUUCAUACUACUUCUAAAUAUUGUCUUUCUUUUAUAAUAAACUUUUUCAAAAGUUUCAUGUUGAA